GUAAGGACAUCCGGAAUGUGAAUUGUUUACCUUUUAUGUUUAACGUUCUAAUUUGAUCGCAGCAUAGACUUUGUUUUGUUUCACGACUAAUUAAGUAGGUGACACUCGCUUCCAAAGUUCCACUUUUCUAUUUUAACUGACCAAGUGAAGGCUCCUUUAUUUCGAGGAGAAGGAACAAGGACGGACUUGUUUGGUACAUGUAAGGGUACUUGUUUCUGCAUUGCGAGAAACAGAACGAUUUGUGAGUUGUGCAAACUUUUCCAAAUGUUAAUCGUGCCUUAGUUGGUGAAGUGAGCAGGACAUAAAGAACAAAAACUGCGUACUGUUGUCAACGUUUAGAUACACUCUGAAAAUACGGCAGUGAUGGGUAUGAGUUGGUGUUUUGUGCUUAGCGUUACGCUCGUGUUGAUUUUGACACCAAGCCCUUGCAAAUGUAAUGGGGACGGGUUCAGUACGUGCACGGACUACCCAAAGUGUGAGUGCAACAAAACAACACUCCAGUGUGAUAAGGUAUUUAAUCAGGAUACUACUGUGUUUCAGAAAUUUCCCAGGGAACUAACGUUCAUAAAUGUCACUGGCAACAACUUCACUAAUAAGAUACCAAGAAAUAUAUUUGGCAAUUGCAGUAAGGAUGUAUCAUAUAGCAUGAAUAAGCUAGUUUCCUUGGAUUUGUCGCGCAACAACAUUACCGAGAUACAUGGUAAGACAUUUCAUUGUGUGCCUGGCCUGGAAACGCUGAUACUAAGCCAUAAUGAGUGGCACAUUAACAACCAUACUCAUGUGUUUUUAAACCUUCCUUCGCUAAAAAAACUGAUUCUGAAAAAUGCCUUUCAUGAAAAGUUGAAUGGAACUUUGCACCUGGUCAAGCUGGCUUGGUAUUUGGGAGUGAAGAAGAUGAAGUCCUUAGAAGAGCUAGACCUGUCAGGAAAUGAAUUCUGGUUCCUGCCAAAUGAAACUCACAAUGCAUUUUGUGCCUUGGAGAAAAUCGUUAGCUUGGACAUGUCGAACAACCUGCUAACAGAUGUAUCCAUAUGCUCUCAUGUCAGCACCCUGAAAAUUCUCAAUCUUUCAUCCAAUCGAUUGCGGUGGCUGAGUGAGGAGCUGGCACAAAACAUCACCAAGCUGUCAAAACUGGAAACGCUUAACCUGGACAACAAUCUGUUCCAGUGUGAUUGUGGCAUGAUUCCCUUCUACAACUGGCUUAAGAAUGAUAGCGCAAGUCGUGCUGUACAAAACAAGCGAAGUUUAAAGUGCACUACGGCAUUUGACACUGUGAAUGAAGGUCGACCCAUUCUGGAGCUGUCACUAGAUGAUUUGGUGUGUAAACGGGACUACUACAAUGCAACAGGAGUUGUUGUGGGUUUGUUAUUUGCUGUUAUAAUCGUCAUGUUUAUCGUGGCAAUGUACUACAAUCGUAUCCUGUUACGUGAAACAUGGAAGCGUUGCAUGGGUAAGCCAGUUACACUGGCAUUGAUUCCUCAAAGCCAGGGCUACACCACUGUACACAACCAAAUGAGACAGAUGUGAUAUACGUGGAACAAUUCACAGUGUAUGUUCUUCAUUAUUGUCAAGCAAUGCUUCACACUUCACUGAUGAUUUUGUCUGUUUUCUUCUGCAGCUGUUAAGAAAAUGUUUAACAAUGUAAGCGGGCUGUCAAAUCCAAGAAGUGCUAUUCUGACCAACAUUUAACUGAAACAAUUACUCCUUUGACCUUAUUAUAAAGUCUAUAUAGCUCUGAUAUUUUUUUACAUGAUGGUGCAUUUCUUUUCUCUUAAUAUGGGAUAAUAGGCCUGAUUUUGACCUUUUAUAUGUUUGUGUCAGUGUCAGUAAUUAUAAAAAAAUACAGCUGUCACAUCCCGUAGUCAGGACACUCAGUGAGGAGCAUUGUCACAAUUGUGGAAGUUUAUACCAUACACGGUUUUGAUCAAGGCGAUAUUGAUACAAUCCAAGUGGUCAGUGUACAUCAACUGUAAGGACUAAGAAAUAAUUUCUGUUCUAAAGUUGCUUUGGGAAUGGGAGGGAUAUUACCUGUUGAAAAGCCUAUUGUACUUUCUGUUAAUAAUAACUUCAUGCUUAGCUUAGUGUUCUUGGCUCAAGUAAAAUUAGUUGAGUUACUUUUUGGGGUAGUAAGAAAGAUAUUUGGGAUUGUAUGUUCAAUACUUAUUCAGGCUGGUAAACAUCAAAGCAGAUAGGCAAACUUUCAAAGAUGGAAAGAAAAAAGCCCCAUAAUCCUAAUUCAUGUUACCCAUUUCACGUUAUGUUGUUAAUGUACAUUAAGGUACAGCAUUCGUACUUGUUUGUUCAGCGUGCCACCAUAAACAAUACCUCAUGUAGAGGGUUUUCAAUGGAAAAAAAACCUCUAUUUGUGCCUGUGGUUUUCUAAAGUUGAAGGUUUAUGCGACUAAGUAAUUGUUUGACGAAUUUUUGACGCAUUGCUGCAUGUAAUUUGCACAAUUACCCCAUGAACUUUAUUGAGAAAAGCAUCCACAAUGUAAACUGGAUUAACUGAAACUUGGUAAA